AUGACGGAGUCAUUGGCCAAAAUAUCUUCAAUGUUGGAGUCUGCUAGGGACUUAACUAUUGAAGUGGCUGCGUCUGCCUCAUCAAGGCUUUCGGAAACACCAAGUGCAUUGAGACCUAAAGAAAUUUCUAAAUUAUUAAAUUCUAGGGUGGACAGAGACAAUCUAAGUGGCAUGAAAUGUGUCAUAUCUUCAAUAGCAAGGGGAGAAGAUGGGCUACCGUAUUUUGCUGAUGUCGUCAAGAAUAUUACUUCUGCCAACAGCAAGGUUAAGAACUUAGUCUUAAUAUAUCUAACUAGAUAUGCAGAGGUCGAACCUGAUACAGCCCUUUUGUCGAUUAAUUCUAUUCAGAAGUCUUUGAAUGAUAAAAAUCCAAUUGAUCGAGCAACUGCAAUUAGAUCUAUGGCUGGUAUCAGAAUUGCAUCUAUAGCUCCAAUAUUACUGUUAUGUAUUAAGCGAACUAUUUCUGAUCCCUCUCCAUUAGUAAGAGCAUCAACGGCAAUUGCCAUUGGGAAAGUUUAUGACAUGGAAAAUACGAAGAAUAAGCAAUUAUUGGAAUAUUUGUCGAAGCUAUUGGCUGAUAGUAAUUCGCAGGUGGUAGGCACUGCUCUUAAAACUUAUUUUAAAGUAAUGCCUCACUUGAAAUCAAAUCACAAAAAGUGGGAGCCAAUGCAUGGGAACUUUCGUCGCUUUUGUAAUAUUGUCCGUGAAUUAGAUGAAUGGAGCCAAUCUUUCAUGAUUGAGAUUUUAACAGAAUACUCAAGAGUGUUUUUACCUAGACCAAAACUUUACUUGAAGAAUGAUUCAAGUCAAGUAAUUGAUCUACCUGAUGAUUAUUCUAAAAUUCCUUUUCAGGAGUAUGAAGUAUCAAUGGAUAAAGACCUUCAAUUAUUUGUUGAUUCAUUGAAACCAUUGAUAUACUCCAGGUCAGAAUUCGUCAUUUUGAGUAUAUCUAAAGCACUUUCUUCAUUGACACCACCACGCAUCUACAAAGAAUUACAAAUAAAUGUGGCUUUAAGUCAAUUGGCAAGUUCAUUGAAUAACAUUCAAGUUUCAUUAUAUGCCCUACACACGAUUGCUUCAUUAUCUUCGAGUGAUCAAACUAUUUUUUCACCAUACUUUAAAAAGUUUUAUGUAUAUCCUACUGACCCAGUUUCAAUUUCUAUAGUGAAGCUACAGAUUUUAUCAUUGUUGGCUAAUGAAGAUAAUGUGAAAUAUAUUUUCGAGGAAUUGAAGUAUUACUCUGUGAAUUCAAUGGAAAUUAAGAUUGCAAAUGAAGCUAUUAGGGCUAUUGGUAGUUGCUCACAAAUUUCUCCAUAUUGGAAUGAGAAAAUAUUGAAGUGGUGCUUAAAGCAAAUAAAAAUUUUAGGUGGCUCAUCUUUGAAUGAGUUACUAACUGUUAUCAGAUAUUUAAUACAACAAAAGCAAAAUUUUAUGGAUGUAAAGGAAAAAGAAGAUAUCAUUAAAAGUAGUUAUAGAUUAUCUUUAGUUUUACAAGAUGGGAGGUCUAAUCUAGAAAGCGAAGCAAAGGCUAGUAUCAUAUGGAUAAUUGGAGAAUUCACUGAAGCUGCCAACAAUAGCAUAGGCCCAGAUGUGUUACGAUUAUUAAUAAAAACAUUUGCAUUAGAAUCGGAGAUAGUUAGGUAUGAGACAUUAGUAUUAUCUGCAAAGAUAUUAUCCUUUGAAUUAGAUAAAGUUAAGAACGAAGUUGGUGAUGACAACUCUUUGGCGAUUGAGGAGUUUUUACAGGAAAACAUUGUAUCUCAAAUGUUUCAACAUGUCUUGCAAUUAGCAAAAUAUGAUCCUUCGUAUGAUACGAGAGAUAGGGCUAGAAUGUUUAAUGUUCUAUUGAAUACUGGUAGUAAGCAAUCUCAGUUGGCUUCAUUAUUUUUACGUGUUCCUAAACCUGUCCCCUUAUCCACAUUAUUUUCAAAAGGAAUUAAUUCUAAUGAAUUUUCUACAACCAAUGUAUUGCUGAAGUAUUUCAAUAUAAUAGAGUGGGCCGAUCCUUCCACUCACCCUCCAUCUUCAAUAAGAAAGGUGGCGCCAAUCCAAUCCAAUAAUUUAGGUGGAAAAAUAGUAUCUAUUUCAUCGUCAUCAAUGCACAAUAAAUCUACGUCUCCUGAGCCGCUAUCAGAGCAUGCAAUUUCUUCUCGACAAUACCAGAAUAGUAAUGUUGAUAAAAUAAUUCCUAAGCCGGUAUAUCACUUACAAAGUCUUGACGAAUUCUUCGGAAGUGAAGAAGAGAGUGAAGAGGAAGAAAGUGAUGAAGAAGAUAGCGAAGAUGAAGAGGAAGAAGACAGUGAAGAGGAAGAGAGCGAAGAAGAUAGCGAAGAUGAAGCGAAUGAAAAUAAAGGCAUCGAAGAAGAGGAAACAAAAAGCGAAGUAGAUAUUGAGAGUGACAGCGAUGAAAAUGGCAGCGAAAACCAAUAA